UUAAAAAUGUUCACACUGAAACACGCGCUAAAGGCAGUAUAAAAUUCUCUCUAAAAAUUCGGGAAAAAAAAUAUAUUAUUAGCUAAUUUUGUCAGCUGUCUUUUCGCCAUAAACACAAUAAUAACGAGUUGGUUUAACAAUAACUUAAAUGAUAAAUAAAUUUUAAAAAUAUAAAAAAAAUAUAUUUUUGCAACAAUAACAAAACAAAAGAGUAUAAUGGAAGAAUCAAAAGAAGGUGAAAUCAAUAAAGGCUUUUCCAACGAAGAGUCCUUGGAAAAUGGCCUUGAAAAUUAUAAGACUGAAUUUGAAAUUGCAGAAUUUGUAGAUAAAGAAAAAGAAAUAAAACCAAAAACAAAAUUGCAAAAGUGGCUUAAAACUUCCUUAUUAUUUAUAUUACAUGCAGCGGUGGGCUCAUAUUUUGGUUAUGCCACCCAUUAUUAUCUAAAUGAAAAGGAUCAAUGUUAUUAUGGCUAUGAGUUGCAGUGUGAAAUGCGCUUCUGUAGUGGUUAUGGAUUUUUGGUGUUAUUUCUUGGUUUCAUCUAUUUCGGGCUAAUUUACUAUUACAUUUUUAAACCCACUUUGGGCAAACGUCUACAUCGCCACUACUUGGCACCACUUGAUAAAUGGUGGAUGAAAGUCAGCAGAACAAGAUUUGUGUCUUCUGUUUUAAUUGGCUUGCUUUUGAUAGGACUGGCCAUCUUUUUGUAUUUUGAGACCAAAGAUGAACCUCAAAAGUUGACCUCACUUGUUGGACCCUGCUGCUUCAUACUGCUGGGUUAUAUUUUCUCUACGGCACGUUCGGCCAUCAAAUGGCGUGUCGUUAUAACCGGUAUAGCCUGUCAAUUUAUUUUGGGUAUCGUGUGUAUACGUUGGAGUGUGGGCCGCAGCAUAUUUGAGUGCAUUGGCAAUAAGACAGCCACAUUUUUGGCCUUUUCCGAUGAGGGCAGUCGCUUUGUCUAUGGCAAUACCAUCAUCGAUGAAGGUGUAUUCGCUUUUGCCAUAUUAUCGGUGAUAUUCUUCUUUAGCUUCUUUAUAUCGAUUCUAUACUAUUUGGGCACCAUGCAAUGGGUGGUUUUGAAAUUGGGUUGGAUUUUACAACAAAUCCUAGGCACAACAGUGUGUGAGAGUGUCACAGCUGCCGCCAAUAUAUUUUUGGGAAUGUCGGAAAGUCCUCUGCUAAUACGUCCGUAUAUUAAGAAAUUAACCGCUAGUGAAAUACAUUCUAUUAUGGUUUCGGGUUUCGCAACAGUCUCGGGCACAGUUUUGGCCGCAUAUUUGAGUUUUGGUGCUUCACCGGCACAUUUGAUAACAUCGAGUGUUAUGGCUGCACCUGCCACUUUGGCCAUAUCAAAGUUAUAUAUGCCCGAAACGGAGGAGAGUAAAACCACAUCGGAUAACAUAGAAUUGGAGAAAUCUGAAGACUCAUCGAUCUUGGAUGCGGCCUCGAAUGGUGCCAGUAAUGCUGUUCCAAUUGUUUUGGGCAUAAUUUCCAAUAUAAUUGCUUUUGUGGCCUUUGUAGCCUUCCUAAAUGCCGUGGUCAAUUGGUUUGGCACGUUGGUGGGUGUAAAUGAUAUCGAUUUCGAAUGGAUAUUCUCGAAACUAUUUAUACCUUUAGCUUGGGCCAUGGGUGUGCCAUGGGAAGAUUGUGAUGCGGUGGCCAAAGUAGUGGCCACAAAGUCGAUAAUCAAUGAAUUUGUGGCAUACGAAAAAUUGGGCGUUUUAAUAGCCUCCAAAGCAAUAUCGGCGCGCAGUGCUGGUAUCACAACAUUUGCAAUCUGUGGAUUUGCUAAUCCUAGUUCACUAGGUAUAUUGAUCGGUUCGCUGGGUGCUAUGGCACCCAAACGUAGAGGUCUGAUAACGUCAGUUGCUUUUAGAGCUUUUAUUGUCGGCAGUAUAGUGUGCUUUAUGUCAGCCAGUUUCGCCGGCAUAUUAAUACAAAAUAAAGAGGAGGAGGAAAGUUAUGAGCGGAUAUUAAAUUCGUUGCAACGUAAAAAUAUAAGUAUAGCUUUAUUUCAAAAGCAAUAUUAGUUAGUUAGUAAAUUAUUUAAACUGUGAAUGUAUUAUUUAAAUGCGCCUUGCCGUUUUAUUUUAGUUGUAAUGAUUUAUUUUUAAGCUUAAAAUGUUGUAUAUAAAAUUUAAGUAUAAUAUGUUUUGUAUAUUAUAAUAUGUAUGUAUAUUUAAUGAUAACAAUAAAAAAAAAACCUCAGAUGUAAAAUUUAUUUUGUUAAA